UUCUAGUCUCCCAAGCGAGAGCGUCGCAUUCACCCCCGUGGAUCUGCGGGCGCCCCAGACCCCAGAGGACCUGGCCCCCAGCGCUUACCUGUGUUCCCUGUUCUGUCCCCCCGCAUUCCAGCCCCUUCCCUCCUCCGCCGCGUUCCUCCCCGGCGGCGUCCCUCCGCCGCACCUCACCGCGUCCCUCGCGCGCCUCGCCCCGCGCGCACAGUGCACCGGUCCCUUCUCUGGGAACCGCUCCUUCCGCUCCGCCCUCCUGGAGUCCUGGCCUGAUUCUGCGGUGUCCUUCCAUAGCCCCUCGUUGUUGCAUCCUCCUUGUGGUUCCGCUGCAAACAUUUUUAAAGGGCUGGUUAUUCUUCAUGAAAUGAGUUUGGUGAUUAGAAAUCUGCAGCGAGUCAUCCCCAUCAGGAGAGCGCCACUUCGCAGUAAGAUCGAGAUUGUAAGGAGGAUUUUAGGAGUGCAGAAAUUUGACCUGGGGAUCAUCUGUGUUGACAACAAGAAUAUUCAACACAUUAAUAGAAUCUACAGAGAUAGAAAUGUCCCAACCGAUGUGCUUUCUUUUCCAUUUCAUGAGCAUCUGAAAGCAGGUGAAUUUCCCCUGCCUGAUUUUCCAGAUGACUACAAUUUGGGAGACAUUUUCCUAGGAGUGGAGUAUAUCUUCCAUCACUGCAAAGAAGAUGAAGAUUACAAUGACGUCCUGACUGUGACGGCCACCCACGGACUCUGUCACUUGCUGGGCUUCACACACAGCACUGAGGCAGAGUGGCAACAGGUAAGGAGCCCAUCCUCCCGCUCCCCAGGGGGUGUGUGGGGGAAAGAGGCUGGCCCAGGCCCCUGCCAGCCCCCACCCUUCAUCCUGACCACCCCCACAGUAACUGGACCUCAGACCUGCCCUUGGAAAAAGGACUCACAGAUGCUUGCUUUCAACACCAGGCUCCCCAGAUACUUCCAGCUGAAUGUGUUCACUAAGGAAAGCGGUCUGUGUGCAGAGGCCGAGAGCUACAGCUGACACUAGCAAGUGGCGCUUGGUCAAAACGUCCAGUCAGCUAGAGACUAGGCCAGACCCGGGGCGGGGGUGGGAGCUCUGCACCAAGUGAGUUCAAGGUUGGUUUCCUCCAGGCCCAGGCGCUCCCUCUACAGAGGCCCACGCAGGCUCCCGUCCACAUGGUUAACACGCACACAAUCCAGUGUUGGGGAGAAAACCAUCCGCUUCUGUGAAAGUCAUGAAAAACCUUUUUCAUUAAAAAAAGAAAAAGUUGGCUGGAGGCAGUGGCUCACUCCUGUAAUCCCAGCACUUUGGGAGACCAAGGAGGGCAGAUCACUCCUGACUGAGGUCAGGAGUUCGGG